GGUGGCGGUCACUGUGGCUCCUUCCGUGUCCAGCCGCGACCCGAGCCCUUUAGCAGCGCGGAGUCAGGCCCGGGGUGACCAGAGCGAGGAGGCUCUCGAGGCGAUGUUGUCCCCACCGCACAGCGGCGAGUCUUCAGGCCUGCGGCCGUAGAUGACGAUUGUACACGAGUCCCGAGUCUGUGGCCCGCCUCUUAAGACCCCUUCCUUCCGGACUCUGAUGGCGGCGGCGACUCAGAGGGACCCGCCUCAGACUCCCAUGACUACAGAAGUGCUUAUGGACUGUACAAAGGGCUGUGUGACCUUUGAGGAUGUGGCCAUUUACUUCUCACAGGACGAGUGGGGGCUCCUUGAUGAGACUCAGAGAUGCCUGUACCACAAGGUUAUGCUGGAGAACUUUGCACUUACAGCCUCGAUAGUUUGUUUGCAUGGAGCAGAGAAUAAAGAGACACCUUCUGAGCAAAAUGUUUCUCUAGAAGCUCUGUCACAGGUCAGGACUCCAAAGGUAGGUCCAUUCAGCCAGAAGGCUCACCCCUGUGAGAAAUGUGUUGCAAUCCUGAAAGACAUUUUGCACCUGGGUGACCUACCUGGGCAGAGACCAUACUUGAUUGGGGCAUGUGCAAACCUACAACAGCUUCAGAAGCAUUGCAGUGCAGAGAAAAGUGAUGUGGAUAGAGAAUCAUUUGUAAAGAGCCACAUAGUCCAUGUAUCAGGGCAUCCCUUCACCUGUAGGAAGGUUGGAGAGGACUUCUCAGCCACUUUGGGUCUUCUCCAUCACCAGAUCACUCCCACCAGUGAGAAACCCAACAAAAUCACCAAGUGCAGAGAGGCCUUUCAUGGUAGAAAAAGUCAUUACAAGUUGCAUGAAUGUGAGAAAGCAUCCAGCCACAAACACAGUCUUGUUUACCACCCAAGAGUCUCUACUAGGAAAAGAGUUUAUGAGUCUAGCAAAUAUGGGAAAGCCUUCCUCUGUAAGUACUCACUGGUUCGGCUGCAGAGAGUCCACACUGGAGAAAGGCCUUACGAGUGCAGUGCAUGUGGAAAAUCUUUUAGGCAAAGAGCCACCCUCAUUAUACACCAGAGAGUUCACACUGGAGAAAGGCCUUAUAAAUGUGGUGAGUGUGGAAAAUCCUUUAGUCAGUGCUCCAAUCUUAUUGAACACUGCAGAACUCACAGUGGAGAAAGGCCUUAUGAGUGUGAGGAAUGUGGAAAAGCCUUUGGGUGCAAAUCCAAUCUUGUUCGGCACCAGAGAACCCACACUGGAGAAAAGCCUUAUGAGUGCAGCGAAUGUGGGAAAUUCUUUAGACAAAGCUUCACCCUUGUUCAACACCGGAGAAUUCACACCACCGCAAGACCUUAUGUAUGUGUCCAGUGUGGGAAAUCCUUUAGCCAAAGAGCCACUCUCAUUAGACACCAGAGAGUUCACACUCGUGAAAGGCCUUAUGAGUGUGGGGAAUGUGGGAAAGCCUUUGGAUCCAAAUCCAAACUCGAUCGGCAUAACAGAAGUCACACUGGAGAAAGGCCUUAUGAGUGUGCUGAAUGUGGAAAAUCUUUCAGACAAAGCUACAGCCUUGUUGAACACCAGCGAAUUCACAGUAGAACAAGGCCCUUUGAGUGUGGCCAGUGUGGGAAGUCCUUUAGCAGAAGAGCCAUCUUCACCAAACACCAGAGAAUUCACACUGGAGAAAGGCCUUAUAAAUGUGAUGAGUGUGGGAAAUCCUUUAGUCGAAGCACCAGCCUUAUUCAGCACUGCAGUAUUCACACUGGAGCAAGGCCUUAUGAGUGUGGGCAGUGUGGGAAAUCCUUUAGGCAAAAGUCUGUUCUCAUUCAACACCAGGUAGUUCAUACUGGAGAAAGGCCUUAUGAAUGUGGUAAAUGUGGCAAAUCCUUUAGCCAACGCUCCAGCCUCAAUCUCCACCGAAAAUUUCACACCAGGGAGAGACCCCAUGAACGCAGGAAGUAUGGAAAAUCCUUUACUCCAAACAGCUAACACUGUUUAGUACCAGGAAGCCCACACUUUGAGAAAAGCCUUAGACCUGAAGGAAUGUGCUGUCUCCUUGUUCAUUAUAACAGCACUGGACAGCUUUCAUGAGGGAGCCAUCUGCCUGAAAUUGAACCCCACACCUGCAAACAUCCCACAUCCAUCGGGAUGAAAUUCCCCAUGAGUUCCAGGCAUCUGUGAGGCUUACAGGAGCUAUGUUGAAUGUUCUAAACUCCCCAGGGCCCUUGUCAGAGUUACACCGCUGCAGUUUUUCUGGUAGAAUCCAUCUCACCUCUCCUACCUUGUGCAGUAUUUCCUCAGCCACCCUGAUGUGCUAACACAAUGCAAAUGUCUGUGCUCUCUCCCAUUCCCUGGAGGAAAUCUUGAGUCAUCUGUGCCCUUACAUUUUCCUAUUUCCAUUUGAUUAAGUAUGAAUCUGACCCUUCAUCUAAAUUGUUGGUUUUACAUGACACUUGUGGUUGAUUUUCCUGCCUCCAAGUCACCAACUGGUAAUUGCCACCCCACCCCACUUCCCCACCAUUGCUCUGGUUUGUGCAGCAAUAAAGGUCUUAGUGUUUAAUCUACCUUUAAUCUUUGGGGUUGUAUUCACUAUUGAGGGGCAGGUGGGAAACAGAAUUGGCCUGUUUUUAUGAAGGGAUGAACAGCUUUCAUGGGCCCUCAGCUUCGUGUGCCUCAACAGGGACAUUACAAUGACAGGAGAGUAGUUUUCAUUCCAGUUUUGGCCUAAUUUGGAUUGCUUCCCAAGAUUUCCUAGGAACUAAAGCAGUGCUUUGUGGCCCUAAUGUGUGUUUGGUAAGCCUGCGUAUUAUGUGAUCACAGGUUCCCUGAGGAGGGGUCACUGGUUUUGGCAAGCUCCAGGGCCUUUGGGACAGCCAUGAAUUUGUUCCCAUAUUCCCAGAGGGUGUCCUAUAAUGCCCAGCACUAUUGAUGGGAAGCUUUUCACCAGAUUCUACAAAGGAGACAAGUGUCCUGAUGUUCUGUGGACUGGAAUCCCUCCUCAGACUACAAGAGCCAGGUUUCAACCAUAAUUGGUACUGAAAUCCUGGGUAGGAUUCAUGGUCAGUGGAAGAGCCUGCAGUAGAUUAAAUGGAGUGUGCCUCUUCUAAUGUGUAUCCGUAAAUCUUCCAGUGACUAUGGUUCUGAGGAAUCAUAGCCCCUCCAGAGCUGUGUACCUCCUAUAGCUGAUCAUUGUCAGCAAAUAAUCUAAAAGUUUUGUGAAUUUCCGUUCUUUCUGGGCUGGUCACCUCAAGCCCGUUGCUAUAAAGGCAGAGAAAUGAGAACAGAGAAUGGAGAUUCUGUUGUCCAGGGAUGUGGCUUUUGUGGUCCAGCCAGUGGUCCUCUUGUACCAGACUGCAGCAGCCUUCAUUGCUUGCCAGUAUUUCCUGCACUGAUUCAGGGCUGCCCUUCCCCAGGAAUGGGAAAAAAUAGAGCGGAGUCAGUACUAAGUUGUUAAACCUCCUGAUUUCCAGAAAGAGUAGGAGGACCAGACUUUUUAUUUAUUUUUUUUUCUGAGCCAUUUUUUUAGAAACUUUAUUGAGGCAUAAUUGACAUGCAGUAACCCAUACAUAUUUAAGGUGUAUAGUUUGAAAAUUUUUGCCAUACAUAUAAGGCCAUAAAACCAUCAGAAUCAUGAUAAUGAACAUAACCAUGAUUUACCUCAUGCCCCUUUUCACUCUCUCGUCCUUCCCAAGCCUGCAGGAGUCCAGUGAUUUACUACCUUCAACAGUAAAUUAGUUUGCAUCAUCUAGAAUUUUACUUGAAUUAUAGUGUUUGCUGUUUUUUAAAAAAUAUUUUUCGUACUGCCUAAUUAUUUUGAAAUUCAUCAAUGUUACUUGUAUGAAUAGUUCAUUUUUUUUAUUGUUGAGUAGUAUUUUUCUCUAUGGAUAUGCUACUAUGUGUUUAUCCACCCGUCUGCUCAUGGGCAGUUGUGUUGUUUCCAGUUUGGUGGUGUUAGAAAUAAAGCUGCAAUGAACAUAGGCAUACAGUUCUUUAUAUGAAUAUGUGUUUUAGUUUUCUCGUGCCUAUACUUCAGAGUAUGUGAAUGUUUCAAUAUUUAAGAAAUGGCCAAAUUGUGAUCUAAACUGGUUGGACCCAUCUGUGUUCCCACCAACAGUAUAUGAGAGCUCCUGUUCCUCCACAUCCUGCCAAUACUCAGUAUUGUCAGUCUAUUUAAUUUUAGCUGUUUUAAUAGGGACGUAAUGGCAUCUCACUGUGAUUUUAAUUGUAGUUCUCUGAUAUUUCAUGAUGUCGAGCAUUUUUUUCCUGUUUAUUUGCCACUUGUAUGUCUUCUUUAAUGACUGUUAAUACCAGUUGCUUGUCUUGAAAUGGAUUUUGGCUGAUGUUUCCCUUUUCGUUAAUAAAUAAAAGACAUAUGUCUAACAAAGAUGUGUUGGAACUUCACUCAUUCUUCAGCAGUGAUGUGUCACCUUUACUAAAAGGCAGUAUUGUUUUUGAAUACUAUCAGAAUAUUUCCUCAAUUUUUUGGUGCUAUUCACAGUAUAUUAUAC